AUGCUAAAUGCAUUGCGGAGGGAAUUUGAGGUGCUUGAAAUGAUUGAAACAGAAACUGUCACAGAAUAUUUUGGAAGAGUAAUGACAAUAGCAAACAAAAUGAGAAGUAAUGGUGAGGAUAUGCCUGACUCAAAGAUAGUGGAGAAAAUACUUCGAACCUUGACAGCAAGAUUCACCUACAUUGUUGUCUCAAUUGAAGAAUCUCAGGACACAGAAGCAAUGUCCAUUGAUGAACUACAAAGUUCUCUUGUGGUCCAUGAACAAAAGUUCAAAAGAGUCAACCAAGAAGAUGAGCAAGUCCUCGCGUCAGAAAGCAGUAGAGGAAGAGGAAGAGGAAGCACCCGAGGUCGUGGACGUGGAAGAGGGAGGUAG